AGUAUCCCGUGCUCAAUGCCACGCCCCUUCCUUCCCUCGGCCCCCUUUAAAGCCUCCGGACAAUCUCUGUACGUCAACAUCUUCCUUCUGUCCAAGUGCCCCAUCCACAUUGGACUGUCAGGCGCUGACACCACCCAGAUUACUUCAGUCUACUUGGGGUGGGCGGGCAGCACUCCCUGCAGCCUUCUCGUCUUCCUGAAGGGACCGAGGUGGAGCAGUCGGCGGGGGGCGCCCCGAUGCCUGAAGGAAGUAAGCCUUUGGCAGCUUAGGGGUGUCGAUCCCCUGGGGAGCCGGGAAGCUCACCUGGGCCCGGCCUGGCGCGCCGAGAUGGGAUCGGUCUCCUCGGCGCUGGCGCGGUCCCGCAACACCGUGGUGCAGUUGGGCUCAUCGCCAUCGCAGCCCGAGGCCCCAUCGGCAACUCCGGUUGCUCACAGAGACACACUCGUGUUCCCCCAAACUCGUGAAGAGACGCCCAAUCCUCCCGCAGCCUGGGAGGCGCUGCCAGCAGCCGAGAGCCGGGACCAGCGCCCGAAGUUGGAGAGCCGGGAGCUGUCCGCGGUGCUGAAGCGAGUGGAGACUAUGUCCCAAUCCUGCUUGCCACGAAGCUGCAGCCCUGCGGAGGCGGGUACCAGGAGGACAGAGGCUGCAGAGGAGAGGAGUGCCCUGGAGGAAACUGGGAAGCAAACUCAGGGUGCAGGUGAGCAAGUUGCAAAUGAAGCUGGAGAUAAGAACGCUAGACCACUUGCCCGCUUCUCCCGGUCGAAGUCGCAGAACUGUCUGUGGAACUCCCUCAUCGAUGGGCUCACCGGGAAUCUCAAGGAGAAGCCACGGCCAACAAUCGUUCAUGACCCACGGCCCCCGGAAGAAAUCCUAGCAGAUGAAUUACCACAGCUAGAUAGCCCCGAAGCCUUGGUGAAGACAUCAUUCAGGUUACGGUCUUUGGUCAAGCAGCUAGAGAGAGGGGAGGCUUCAGUCGUUGACCUUAAGAAGAAUCUGGAAUAUGCAGCCACAGUGCUUGAAUCUGUAUACAUUGAUGAAACCAGACGACUCCUGGAUACAGAGGAUGAGCUCAGUGACAUUCAGUCAGAUGCUGUGCCUUCUGAAGUCCGAGACUGGCUGGCCUCCACCUUUACACGGCAGAUGGGGAUGAUGCUCAGGAGGAGUGAGGAGAAGCCCAGGUUCAAGAGCAUCGUUCACGCAGUGCAAGCUGGAAUAUUUGUGGAGAGAAUGUAUAGACGGACAUCAAACAUGGUUGGACUAAGCUACCCACCAGCUGUUAUUGAAGCAUUAAAGGAUGUGGACAAGUGGUCCUUUGAUGUGUUUUCCCUCAAUGAGGCCAGUGGGGAUCAUGCACUGAAAUUCAUUUUCUAUGAAUUACUUACCCGCUAUGAUCUGAUCAGCCGCUUUAAGAUUCCCAUUUCUGCACUUGUCUCAUUUGUGGAGGCCCUGGAAGUGGGAUACAGCAAGCAUAAAAAUCCUUACCAUAAUUUAAUGCAUGCUGCUGAUGUCACCCAGACUGUACAUUACCUCCUCUAUAAAACGGGAGUGGCAAACUGGCUGACGGAGCUGGAGAUCUUUGCUAUAAUCUUCUCAGCUGCCAUCCACGACUAUGAACACACCGGAACUACCAACAAUUUCCAUAUCCAGACUCGGUCUGAUCCAGCGAUUCUAUACAACGACAGAUCUGUAUUGGAAAAUCACCAUUUGAGUGCAGCCUAUCGCCUUCUGCAAGAGGAUGAGGAGAUGAAUAUCUUGAUCAACCUCUCAAAGGAUGACUGGAGGGAGUUUCGAACCUUGGUCAUUGAGAUGGUGAUGGCCACGGAUAUGUCUUGCCAUUUCCAGCAAAUCAAAGCAAUGAAAACAGCUCUACAGCAGCCAGAAGCAAUCGAGAAGCCCAAAGCCUUAUCCCUGAUGCUGCACACGGCAGACAUUAGCCAUCCUGCAAAAGCCUGGGACCUGCACCACCGCUGGACCAUGUCACUGCUGGAGGAGUUCUUCAGACAGGGUGACAGAGAAGCAGAGCUGGGGCUGCCUUUUUCUCCUCUGUGUGACAGGAAGUCGACCAUGGUUGCUCAGUCACAAGUAGGUUUUAUUGAUUUCAUUGUGGAACCGACCUUCACUGUGCUCACGGACAUGACCGAAAAGAUUGUGAGUCCAUUAAUCCAUGAAACCUCCCAGACUGGUGGGACAGGACAGAGGCGCUCAAGUUUGAACAGCAUCAGCUCAUCAGAUGCAAAGCAGCGAUCAGGUGUCAAGAGCUCUGGGUCGGAAGGAAGUGCCCCCAUCAACAAUUCCGUUAUCCCUGUUGACUAUAAGAGCUUUAAAGCCACUUGGACGGAGGUGGUGCACAUCAAUCGGGAGAGAUGGAGAGCCAAGGUGCCAAAAGAGGAGAAGGCCAAGAAGGAGGCUGAGGAGAAGGCCCGCCUGGCUGCAGAGGAGAAGCAAAAGGAAAUGGAAGCCAAAAGCCAGGCCCAAGAAGGCUCAUCCAGCAAGACUGAGAAAAAGGCAUCUGGAGACCCCAAGAGUCACGUCAACGGAACUCGCACAAACAAAAGCGACGAGCCUCGUGGGAAGAAUCCCAAAGCGGAGAAGUCAGGAGAAAAGCAGCAGAAUGGUGACUUGAAAGAUGGUAAAAAUAAGACAGACAAGAAGGAUCACUCCAACAUCGGAAAUGAUUCAAAGAAAACAGAUGGCACAAAGAAGCGUUCUCAUGGCUCACCAGCCCCCAGCACUAGCUCCACAAGUCGCCUUACCUUGCCAGUCAUCAAGCCUCCUUUGCGCCAUUUUAAACGCCCUGCUUAUGCGUCCAGUUCCUACGCACCCUCAGUUCCAAAGAAAACUGAUGAGCAUCCUGCAAGAUACAAGAUGCUGGAUCAAAGGAUCAAAAUGAAAAAGAUUCAGAACAUCUCACAUAAUUGGAACAGAAAGUAGGUCAAGAAGAAGAGGAGAGGGAGUGAAGAAGGGCCACGUGUCUGCUUCUCUGCCCUCACCGGCCACAGCAGGACAGGCCUCCCAGACCCGUGGCAGUCGUUGGGGCUGGCUCUGUGAAGGAUGACUCCAACAAGGCAAAAUGAAGCUGUUUGCACUUUCAUUCUCCAGUAGACUCCUCAAUCAUUAGAUGUGGGAUCAAUCCAGAUGUAGCAACAAACUAGUAAGCAGGUUGUUAUGUGUGGUUUUUAUUGUUUGGGUCUUUCAAAGUCUAAGUUGGACCAAUGGAAUGAUAACCUCCUGUUCAUGGGGUGCGGGGGGAUGAAAUUCCUCCCCCUACCACUGUUUUCAUCUCUAAGAGUUGACUUGCCUCAAUAAAUAUACUGGCUUAAUAUUCUUCAUACUUAAGAAAUGCAUUUCUAAAAUGCCUUUUUCAAUUUUAAAUAUUUUUAUUUAAAAUUGAAAUAUUUACAUGUAAGCUUCAAGUCAACAUGUAAAUUUCAAAGUAAACUGCUCUCAAAACAAAAGUUUUGGUUCUGAACGUAAUAAUCUUAGAGGAAAAAGACCCAUGAAUUGUUGUGUUCAUGCAUAUUUUGGAAUUCAGACUUUACAAAAUAGAUCCAGGUUAAAAAUAAUAAUAAUAAAAAGGUCUUUCUGAUUUCUGACCACAUGUCUCAUGCCCAGUAGUCUCAGUGUUUUUUUCAAGGAUUUGAGACUUUUCAGUGGAUGCAUUUGGCUCCUUUAAAAAAAAUCAUCUAUCUAUACCACAGUAGAAAACACUAGAAAUCAGUGGCAUUCCCAGGCCUUAAAGACUUCAUAUUUGAGAUUUACCACUAGAGAUGUCAGUUUGGUUUUGUAGUCCUGAGACAGGUAGGUGUAAAAUGGUGAAUGUAGCUUUAAUUUCUUAUUUCCAUAGUUUUCUCCUUGAGUCUGAAGAUUCCUUCCUAAUAAACCACAUUAUGAAGGCCUUUGGGACCCCAGUUGCUCCCAGAGCUACUGGUGGAAUAGGGGCCUUUAUAACUCACCUUUCUUCAAGGUGGCAUUUUUAGCUUUUCUGUGUUUUUCCCUAGAGUUUUUACUUUGGGAAUAAAAUCACAGAAAUGGCAAGGAAAGGUUGAAGACCACAGUUAACUUUUGCUCCCUCAGAAAUGGCCUGCUUCAACAGACAAAUCUAGGUUUGCUGUUGAUGAGAUUUCCAUUCUGUUCUGCCUCUUAUUUCAGAUCCCUGGUCUAAUUGCAUUUUUUAAAAAGCUUCAGUUUGCUUAACUAGAAAAUGAGAAUCAUAAUACACACUCUGCAUUUUGUGAUGGAGAUUAAUGAACAAUGUUGUAGGUUUCAGAUUGCUAUCUCUAAAACUGGUUGGUAAUAUUUGCACAAAAGAAGUAGCUAAGAGCAUUCCAUAGGCGGGACAAAUGCUCCAGGACAGUCCCACAAAGAAGGAGCAGUCCUCCACAGCCACAACCUGCAGGACUUGAUUGUCAAGGGUUUAGUGUCACUUUGUCCUGUCCUCACCCACAAUUCAUUUCCAAUAAACUGCAGCUAUCCAAGUUGAGCAAGCUCCAGAGUUUAGUGACCAUCAUGCUAUUGAGCAAUUUAUUUAUAAUGUGCUUUCUAAUGGUGUUUCGGGGAAAUUUAAUUGCUGUACAAGCAGAAAAAUCACUGUGACUUUUCAUUAAGGGAGGCGAUUGUAAUUCUCAGCUCCCUGCCUGGUGUGUGGGUAAGAAGACCCUUUUGCAGGCUGAUGGUGUCUCUUCCACCUGUAUUAGGUUAAUUCCUACCUGUUUGUCUACAGAUGCUUUAGUGCUGGCUGUGCAGAGCUCUUUGGCUACCCAAAGAGGAGGCAUCCUUGGUGAUGCUCCAUAUCUCUCAGUCCCUUUGGACUCAGGUUUCAGAUUUCAGUGUGGCUGUGCUUUCUCGGCUGUUCUUCUUGAAGUUGGAAGUCAUGUGGCUGAGGAAGAGAGUUGGUUCCUUCUGCAUUCCUUUCUCCUAAGAUGUUGUUUUUCAACCUUUGUUAAUAUUUUAGUUGGGCAAACAUACAGAUGUUGAGAGUCUGCAAUGCUUGUAAAAUGCCUACCAUGAUUUUUGCAUGAUGGAUUGUAUAGACAUGCAGAUUAUAUUCUUAUAGUGAAUAAAAAGAUGAUUUUAAAGGA